AAUGUCGGAAAUAGAUCUAACUUCCGAGUACUCGUGCUCCAAACAUUCCAAAAAUCCUGAAACAGCCGGCGAGGAGUUCGACGUGAAAGUUGAAAAAAUAUAUGAAGAUUUAAAAAAUUCAUCGAUUGAACGGCAAGAGGAUAUUCCAUAUUUUCCAAAUGGAGAAAUGACUCGAAUUGAUAUUUGGGGUCCAGAAACUGCGGAAAAAGUAUUUAUAAUGAUUCACGGAGGUUAUUGGCUGAUUGGAAACCGAAAGAAAUGUUUGGCUGUCGUCCACGUGGCACAAAAGCUUGGCUACACUGUAGUCAGCGUGGGAUACGACUAUGCCAACAAGGAUCAUGUAUUGAGCAAGACGAUCGUUGAAGCUUUGGAAGGAGUUCAGUUUGCUCUGAAAAAGUUCAAGAAUGCGAAGAAAAUUGUGAUUGGAGGACACUCAGUCGGAGCACACCUCGCAUUUCAAGCUGUAACACGGAUCCAUGACCCCCGAAUCAGUGGUGCCUACCUCAGCGCGGGCAUCUACAAAAUUCAAGAACUGACUUCCACGACUUAUGGUCACGAUCUUGGGUUGACUUCAGAAGAAGCAGAAACUUGUAGUUGUGAUUAUGAGCUUAUGAAGCAUGUCCGGUUCCCGGUGUUAAUCGCAUGUUGCAGACGGGAAUCCCCAAAGUUGUACCAACAAAAUCAGGAUUUUUCUAGUCAAGUUGCAAAUGCUCAGUACAAGGAAUACGAAAAUGAAGAUCAUUUCACAAUCCUGACAGAGCUCACAAAAGAGGAGAGCAUCGUGUACGCCGACUUCUUCAACUUUCUUUAUUCAAUUUAAUUGUACAUUUUUUUUUCCAAAAAAUAAAAAUCAGAUUU